AUGGAAGUUGCAACUUCUUCCUCGAAAGAUACAGUUACGAGUCUAUAUAGAAGACGCGUGUCGGAGCUCUUCGAUCAUUCAUCUUUAGAAGCGGAGAAGAUGCUGGUUAUAUUAAUUUCGCUGCUUUUAGCGAGCCUGUCGAGCGCCUCGAUGUUACCGGAAGUGACGUCAUACGCGAAAGUGUCGCGAAACGGGCAGGAAGAUCAAAACACUAACAACGACCUGGCUUCAAUGAUCUCUCGGAACAACGAGUCGGAAAGCGAGGGCAGGGGCAUCAAAGACAUCGCCAUUACGGUGUCGCCAGUCUACAUUUCGCCGAAAAUUCCUAAAUUACAGAACGGCGAGGUUGUCAACUAUCCGCAGACGAGAUACUCGACGUUGGAUCACGAGAUGCUGGCAAAACUGAGCGCCAAGAAGCAGAUUCAAAACAGAUACCACCCGGCGCCGGUUCUCUUUUCAAAGAACAAAGAUACGGAAAACGACGCGAAACAAAACUCGAAACCCAUUCGCCUAAACGGGCCUCCGAGUGGUCCUCCUAGUGGCCCUCCAAGCGGUCCUCCGAGUGGUCCACCAUCCAAUGGUCCACCAAGUGGUCCACCAAGUGGUCCACCGUCUUCCAGCAGUUUCGACUUUUCCAAACCAGUAUUCCCCGGCAGCUACGACUACAAACCACCGGACUAUCUCAGCGAGAAACCGAGCUCGAAACCGUCAGAGUACCUCAGCGACGCGUCGAUCUCCAAACCAUCGGACUUCCUCGGCGACAAACCGAUCUCCAAACCUCUGUCGAUGUCCGACUACUCGGACUUCGGCAUACGCGACAAGCCUCCGGACUCCUACAAACCGGAACCCCAUUACGCCUCCCACGGUCACGAUUCAGACUAUCCCGAUUUUCCGGACGAUUCGUCGUACAAUGGCGGACCAGCACCGAAACCGAUCGAGUUCACGGGCCACUUGGACCAUCCGCCCUACGACGACUCCUUCGGUCACGAUCACGAUUACCACCACGAGGUGAUCCACGAUCACAUACCGGAAUACUAUGAGCACACCGAGGAGCCGGAAAUGAACGAUCAAAGACUCGACAAAAGGCCGUACUCCUAUUACUAUAUCGGUAAAAAGCUCUGGUACGUCCCUCUGUACUUCAGCAUCUACUUCAUCAUCUACAUCGCGGCUCUGGUGCUGAAGAGCAUAGCCAGACACAAGAUCUCGUUGCCCAGUCACUUGGCGGAAGCCGUUGGACACUCUAGAUCGUUCAUGGAACUCGACCUGUGGGAUCUCGCGGGAAAAGUACUGGAGGGGAUCGAGAACUUCGCGGGGAAGUACGGAGCGGUCUCCUAA